AUGAUUGAUAACGAAGAGUUGGCAGAGGAGAGGGACGUCGGGAACCAUCACCAAACUGACCAGACAGCAUCUUCAUCAGUGAAGACUAAGAAUGACAGUAACAGGCAGGUGGUUUCCAGCGACAGCAGUAAUAUACCGAAACGGAAGAACGUCUCUGAGCAGAAGGGACAAGAAAAGGAGAAGAAACCGAGAGCAGACGCUCUGAACAGCCAGUGGGAGGAAGCUCAGCGAAAGGACCAGCCCCCUGCGUUAAAAGAGAAGAAGAGACAGCCGAGAUCCAAGGAGAAGCCGUUGCAAGAAAACGUCAUAAGCAGAAGCUCUCUAAAGCAAGAAGAGGCUGUUGAGAAUGAAGCCUCCAGCCAAAAGCUGGAAGCAAAGUCCGAAGCUCCAGAGGAGGAGAAGGCCAAGCACAGCCAGGUUCCAAGACACCAGGAAACAAAAACUAAUGGGGUUGGUGGUGAGAACGCGGCGUUCUCUGGAGAUCUGGAUGGUUCAGCGGAGGAAGUGGACAUUACAGCCAAAGGCAGCAUGAAAUGGGAAGAGGGGGAGAAAAACACUGAGCGGGAGCCAGGUUCAUUCAUUCCUGAGGGGCACAGAGAGGAGAAACGAGUCAAAGACAGGAAAAGAAAAAGGGAAGAGGAAAAGGAGAGAGGGAGCAGGGAGCAGAAGGAAACAGAAGUGAGGAAGAAAGAAAUCAAAGAGAAGGGGAAACGUGAACUAAAGGAAAGUAAAGGGGGCGUGAGUAAGAAAGAGGAACCUAAAAAGGAAAGGGAGGGAAAGGACCAGGAGAAGAGAGAUGGCGCAGAGCCCAGCAAAGCCAAGAGGGAGAAGGGAAUCACUGAAGCCAUCUCCGGAAAAGGCGAAGGGCCGAAGGAGAUGGGAACGCAAGAGGGUCGCCCUAGGUUGAAAAGAGCAAAGGAGCCCAAGCAGCUGCAGAGUGGGGAUGCUGCAGAGGGAUUGGAUGGGGGGGCUGGUGAUCGAAGGGAAAAGGAAAAGCGAGGGAGUGAGACAGCAGGGGAGGCGGAGAACAGGGCCAAUACAGGAGAGGAUGAAAUACACACGGAGAGAGGAAAGAACAGAACGGAAGACAGAGAAAGGGCAGAGGGAGAAGAGAAGCCUGCCCAACGGCCAGCAAGAACAGCAGAGGAUGAGGAGAAAAGGGAAGGUAAAGACACAGAGGGAGAGAAAAAGAAUGUCAAAGCAAAUAAGGAAGUGAAGGCAGGAAAGAACCAGAAAGAGAAAGGGCAGGAAAAGAGGGAAGAAAAGAUAAAGGAAGCGAAAAACAAGAGGGAGAAAAGGGAAGGAGAGAAGAACAAAGAGAUUGAAGAAAAGGCGGGAAGGAAAAAACCACAGAAGGAUAAAAGGGUGGAAGAUGAGCAAGAAAUGGAAAGGGCAGAAGAUGGGGCAAUAGAAGAACAGGAGGGAAGGGAUGAGAAAGAGAAUGAGAAAAGAGAUGAUGUGGAGGAACAGAGGAAAAGAAACAAAAGAAUGAAGGAUGAAAAAGAAAUUAAGGAAGCGGAGGAGGAUGAACAAGAGGGAGAAGGGUGGGAAAGGAAUGAAAGAAUGGGAGGUGAACAGGAAAUGGAGGAAAAGGAAAAGGAAGAUGAAAUGGAGAAAGAUGAGACGAGGGAAACAAAGGAGAAACAAGGAAAGGAGACGAACCAGGCCAAGAAAAAAAACAAGGAGAGAAAAGCAAAGGAUGAAAAUAAACGCACAGAAGAGAAGGGAAGAAAGAGCAAAGAGAAAUCCAAGGAGGUGGAGAAUGAGGGGGGAUCGAGGAAAAGGAAAAGCAAAGAGGAAGGAGACAAGAAGAAAAACAAGAAAUUAAAGAAGGAGGAAGAUGAGAAGGAAAAGAAGAAAGAGGAAAACAAGUGGAAGUGGUGGGAAGAGGAGAAGACAGACGAUGGCGUGAAAUGGAAACAGCUGGAGCACAAAGGCCCCUACUUCGCCCCUCUCUACGAGCCGCUCCCUGACGAUGUCAAGUUCUAUUACGACGGUGCGUCCUGUUUUGUCACUGAUACUGCAAAACGUAGCAAUAUUCCUGACACGGCGCAGCUGAAUGUGGAGUUAAACACCGACUGUUUUUUAAAAGCCAAUGCAUUUAGAGUAAUCCCGGGCAUUCAGAAAUCAUGA